CGUCCCAAAAACAAACAACUAUAACUGCGAAACUCAACCUAUGAUAAGCAAAGAAAGCAAAGCUUCAGUCUGACCAAGCCACUUGUUUACCUACCCAGUUUGUUCAAUCAAUCAAAAUCCACCAAGCUACCUACCGGUACGGUACGAUCCAUCCCAAGUGACCAUGACGAACAGCAAGAGCACCGAGGAGCACUCGUACGUGGACAGCGACGACGACUGCAUUUCCUUUACGACCACGGAUCAUGAACCAUCUUCCGCUCGAGAAGAAGAACGCGACGAAGUCAAGGAAAUCCAAAAGCUGUCCCAAAAGGACACUCGCAGAGUCCAACUGUGGCGCUUGGCGGCUACCUGUUGCCUUUUGGUGACUGCGUUGGCCAUCACUUACACCACCUAUCGUUUCCUCAAGAGAGAGGAAACCAACAACUUUGAAACUGCGUUCGAACAAUUCUCGCGUACCGUGGGCGCUGCGGCGGUGGCUCAGCAGCAGGAUUUCCGAGAUGGAAUUGAAGCCAUGACAGAUUUCGUAUCGACCUAUGUUCGAGGAACCAAUCAGACAUGGCCUUACAUUUAUGUUUCGGAAUGGGAGGUCUAUGCGCGAGACUUUACCCAUCAAGCUCAUGCCGAAUUGACCUGCUUCUUUCCCAAGGUUUAUCCAGAACUCCGACACGAAUACAUCGACUGGUCCAAUGAACACGUUCAAAGCUGGAUGUGGGAAUCCCACAUGAUCCGAUCGGGAUCCUUUGAACGGCUCAAAGAUGUUUCGGGCAACAAGUCUUUGAAUCGAUUCAUUUCCAGAGCCGUGGGGCCAGGCAAAUUCGAACCAGACAUCAACCGUACAGACUACUAUUUCCCGGCAUGGCAUUAUCAUCCUCCUCCAGUCACCUAUGGAUUCAAUAACUGGGAUUUGCCAAGCGUUCCUGACUAUGAAAAUAUCCUGCCAGGCCUUCACAAGCUCAAGAACGAAACCCUAUGCACCCGCGUCAGAACACAUGUCGCAGUACCCACCGCCAUUUCGGUGGAGGAGCACGCCAAAAUGCAUUCUACACUCCGAGACUCCAACUUGAAGAAUCCUCAUACCUUCUGCUUCCACCCCAUUCAUCGAGAUGCCACUUAUACCGAUUCCGAGAUUGUUGGCAUUAUUGGCAGUGCCUUUGCCUGGGAUGUAUCCUUGCUCGAUUUGCUUCCAAGUAACGUCAAGGGCAUUCAUGCAGUCCUUACGAAUGAUUGCGGUCAGACCUACACCUACGAUAUUCAGGGUGGCGAUGCCAUCUUUAUUGGAGACGGAGACUUUCACGAAGAAGAAUUCGAUGACCACAAAGUUGUCGUUCCAUUGAAUUUGCACACACAUGCCGACUUUACAGCCACAGAAGGGCACUGUCAGUAUUCCAUGCACGUUUAUCCAUCCAGAGAGUUCCAAGCAGCAUACGACUCAAAUACUCCCGAAACAUUUGCCAUUGUGGUUGCCGUCACCUUUGUGGUGGUGGCCCUCGUUUUCUUCAUGUACGAUACCUUUGUACAAAUGAGAAACACAAAUCUGAUCAUGAAAGCGGCACGGACCAAUGCCAUUGUCACGUCACUCUUCCCCGAGAACAUGAGGGAUCGACUUGCCGAAGAAGCCGAGCAGGCCCAGGCGGCCAAGAAGAAGAAGGGUGGCAACCUGAAGGAAUUCAUUGACGAUCGAGGAGAAAACAACUCCAAGUUCACGUUCACCACCAAGCCCUUGGCAGAUCUCUACCUUGAUACGACUGUGUUGUAUGCAGACAUUACGGGAUUCACGGCUUGGUCCAGCGUGCGCGAGCCAACCCAAGUGUUCCAAUUGCUAGAAACAAUUUACCAAGAAUUCGACAUCAUUGCGAAGAAAAGGCGUGUGUAUAAAGUGGAAACAGUUGGAGAUUGCUAUGUUGCCGUUUGCGGAAUACCAAAUCCCGUGAAAGAUCACGCGGUGGUCAUGGCGCGCUUUGCAAGAGACAUUCUGGGAAAGAUGCACACCUCCACCAGGCAACUAGAGAUCAUGUUGGGCCCUGACACGGCAGAUCUUAGACUUCGAAUUGGCAUGCAUAGUGGUCCUGUUACCGCUGGCGUUUUGCGAGGAUCGAUGCAAAGAUUCCAGCUGUUUGGCGAUACUGUCAAUGUCUGCGGAAGAAUCGAGGCUUCAGGAGCCCCUGGGCGCAUACAUUGUUCCAAGGAAACGGCUGACCUUCUGAAAAGAGCUGGCAAAGAGAGCUGGCUGGAACAGAGGAGGAAUCAAAUACAAGCAAAAGGAAAGGGGCUGAUGACUACUUAUUGGGUGAACCUGAAGGGUGAACAUGGGACUGGAAGCGUAGUCUCUGGAAGUGAUGAUACUGAAGGAGAACUGGGCGCUACCAGGACGUACCGGUAUGGCACAAGGAUUCCUGGGAUGUCCGAGAAGAUGUAUAGACUGAUUGAUUGGAAUGUGGAGAUGCUGCUUCAGAUCAUGAAACAGAUAGUAGCUCAGCGGGCAGCUACAGGCAGUCCCGCUGAUUCCACGAAGAAACGUAGGCCCACCCUCUUCGAGGAAUUCGGUUCAGGGCUUACGCCUCUGGAAGAGGUUGUCGAAAUCGUUGCUCUUCCGGAGUUCGAUGCCAAAUCUGGACGAAAACUAGACCCCGAGAAAAUGGAGAUUCCAUCCGACGUUGUUUCCCAGCUACACGAUUUUGUCAGCAUGAUUGCAACCAUGUACAACAAUAAUCCGUUUCAUGGGUUUGAGCAUGCCUCCCACGUUGUCAUGUCAGUCAUCAAGCUGAUGUCUCGCAUUAUCGCUCCCAGGGAUCUGGAUUCUACUACUUCUGCAGCUUUGCAUGACCACACAUAUGGUAUUACCAGCGACCCACUCACGCAGCUGGCUUGUGCUUUCUCAGCGUUGAUUCAUGAUGUGGAUCACGUCGGUGUCAGCAAUGCACAGCUGGUAAAGGAAGGCGUUCCCAUUGCUGCGAAGUACAAGAACCGGAGCGUAGCUGAGCAGAACUCCCUGGAUUUGAGCUGGGACCUGUUGAUGAGCCCCGAAUACAACCUGUUGCGAGAGUUUCUGUUCCCCACUGAAACGCAGCUCAAUCGCUUCCGCCAGCUUGUGGUUAACAGUGUCAUGGCGACGGACAUUGUAGACAAGGAUCUCAAGGCCCUGAGGAACGGUCGUUGGGACAAGGCCUUCAAGGAAGGAGACAGCGCAGACUACGUCGAGAAGAACCACCGUGAUGAUGUCAACCGAAAAGCCACAAUCGUUAUUGAACACAUCAUCCAAGCCUCGGAUAUUUCACACACAAUGCAACACUGGCAUGUCUACCGUCAGUGGAACCAGAAACUCUUUGAAGAGCUCUACGUGGCUUACCUCCAUGGCAGGCUCGAGAAGAGCCCCGAAACGUUUUGGUAUAGGGGCGAGUUUGGUUUCUUUGACUUUUACAUCAUACCCCUUACGAGAAAGCUCAAGGAGUGUGGUGUCUUUGGUGUAUCCUCCGACGAGUGCUUGAACUAUGCUUUGAACAACCGUGCGGAAUGGGAAGCCAAAGGGGAAGACGUUGUGAAGGAAAUGAUGCAAGUCUGUGUGAAAACGUACGGGACCAAAGAACACAAUCUGAACAAGCGGCCUGCAAAGUUUCCCAGAGGGACCUUUUCCGAGUCUGCUGCUCCUACAAGAAGCCCUCAAGAUGCCGCACCAGUCGAAAUCGAGGUGUAGCUAGCUACUAGUGAACCGAACUACAUGUUGACCAUGUUGGCGCCAAAACUUGAUGUGCUGCAAGACACCACUACGAAACAGCCAUGGUGGCUGCAAGUAGCUUUUGUCAGUGCAUGCAGAGCUACACACCCGGCCGUAUAUUACAGUAGCCCUGGGCGCCCUUUGUGACUUGGGUUUUAGGUUUUGCACGUUGCUUUUUGUAUUGAAACCAACUACUCCAGAGUACAUGAUAAUCUUCAUUCAUAGCCAUAUCUUGAUCAUUA